AGUACCCCCUGUCCUUUAUGACUGCAUCUUGAGAUCCUGUCCUUGGAACAUCACAAACAGGAUCAAAGACUUGGUGGAGUCCAGCUGGUGGGACUGAGCUCGACUUUGAGCUAAGUGGGCUCGGCUCUUGCAGCUCUGCAAGUAGGAAGAUCUGCUUCAUUGUUCUGGAUAAGACACGUUGAAUCUCAGGUUUGACAGUUGAGGUCUUAAUCUCAAGUUUUCAUACCAAAAUAUAUAAUAACACAAUUGCACAACAAGUGGUUACUUGACUGAGCAGUAAUGGUGCCAACAUCUGAUUAGCUUUAAGCUCCUCGGCAGCAGUUUGCUCCCAGUCUUUUCCCAGGGCCCAACAACAGCAGCAGCUAUUGAUUGAUGAGACUUCAGAUUGAUGACAGCUCCCUGGUGAGAAACUGGCUUCUGUCUCACAUACCGACGGAUCAAACUCUCCAUACAGAAAGUUAAACCUAGCCAACAGCUUGUGUCAUCGUCAGUUUAUACAUUAGUGGCUAUUUAUUCUAAGUUUGGAGAAUCUAAAAGAGCACACGGCUGGAGAUUUACUCCCGCUCCAAACUCAGAUUUCUGUAACUUCACAUCAAUCUGGUUCCGCUCGCGCUCAAUCCAAAUCUUUGUCAACACAGUCGGGAUGUACUCGGUACUUGUGUCUCUUUACCAAUCUGAUUCUUCGUAGAAAGGAUCACGAGUUUCUUGUGAUCAGAUGAGACCGAUCCUUUUGGCUUCAACCCAAUCCGACCAAAACCUGUACCGGUUCCCUCCUUCCGGCUCAUUUAAGGCCCUCCCCGUUCGUUUGGACCUUCAUAAAAGUGACCUCCUGACUUUCCUCGGCGCACAUUCAUUCACAAGACCUCUGCCCCUGAUGCCAAACAGCGGCGCAGGAACCAAGAGAACCAUGCCGGUUCUUAAGAAAGCAGGAAGAAAAGGAAGCAGCACUCCAGAAGAAAAGCUGCCACCGUACGAGCCAAACAUCGAAGAGCCAACAACAAGAGCCGACUUCAUGAAAUACUGGUUCCCUCUGUCUUUGGAUGAUAAAACUGCACAGAAGCUGCUGUGGAUUUCUGAGAGCGGCUCCAAGGUGGUCCGUACGUCCGAUGCAGUCUGCCCGUAUCCCACCAGGCCCGAAAGAUACGAACACUCACCACAGGUGCUUUGUAAAGAAGGGCUGCUGGGCUGUCGGGGGUACUGGGAGGUGGCCUACGACGGCUGGGUGGUGAUCGGGGUGGUGUCCGAGAACGCGCCCCGGAAAGGCCAGGAGGUGCCCUGCGGCAUCGGGGAGAACAGCACCUCCUGGGGCGUCGGCAGGUCCGGCUCCUGCUUCCAAGUCUGGCACAACGGGGAGAACACAGACGUGCAGAUGCCCUCGUCCUCCGCCAUGGGGGUCUACGUCGACCAGCCGGCCGGCAUCAUCAAGUUCCUCUCGGUGGAGGGAGAGGCUGAAGAGGAGGAGGUUCGACUCAUCUACAAGUUCAAGGCCAAAAUGAAGGAAAAGGUUUUUCCUGGGUUCUGGAUUGGCACAAAUUCAUUCUGUCUUCUUCGCAAAAAACGGGCAGAGAUUCAGGAAAAUUAGCAUGAGUGGUUGACGGAGAGCUGAAAAGAUUGUGAUGCUUGGGGAACAAGUGGAAGAGCCCCCAAAAGGUUUUAUUCAAGAUGYCCGCCACAGCUACAUCUUCAUAUGUGUUGAAUWUGACUCUCAGCUACUACCACAUAAACAUUACUUCAUUAAUUGUAAUUUUAAGUACCUUAUAGAGUCCAGGCUACUAAAACACUAAAUUUUAUCUCCACAUCUGUAAAAUGGACAGAGUUGGAGCCAUUUUUGUGGUCACUAAGCUGUGGAAGCCAUCUUGAAUUGGAUUACCUCUAAAAGAUAAUCUGUUGUAAACAUUCAUCCAGUUAUUACUUUCUGAGCAUUUCAUUGUAAUCUGUCCACUAUUCGAUGAGAUAUCCUGCUAAUAGUACAGACAAACAAAGGCUCAAUAUUUGCCUCUGCCGGUGUGAGACAAUGUGUUUCUGUGAGUUUAUCAUUCUUGAAAAAAAAAGGUAAAACUGGGAGUUUUUAUUACCUUAUUUAACAAGCCUGUAUCUUUUUUAUGUGCUGAAUGUAGUCAAUAAAUUCUACUUCUGUAUAAAA